UCCGACUCUGGCUCGACUGGCGCUUGUAGAGUGAAGGCGAUGGGCACCGUGGGCGCAGGGCUGGUGGACUGUCAUUGUCACCUCUCCGAACCGGCCUUUGACCACGAUCUGGAUGAUGUGUUGGAGAAAGCCAAGAAGGCCAAUGUUGUGGCCCUCCUGGCAGUUGCUGAACAUUCAGGAGAAUUUGAAAAGAUUAUGCAACUUUCAGAGAGGUAUAGAGGGUUUGUCCUGCCGUGCCUGGGUGUUCACCCAGUUCAAGAACUUUCAUCAGGAGACCAAAGAAGUGUCACAUUAAAGGAUUUGGAUAUAGCUUUGCCCAUUAUUGAGAAAUACAAAGAUCAGCUGUUGGCAAUUGGCGAGGUUGGACUGGAUUUCUCCCCUAGAUUUGCUGGCACUGAUGAACAGAAGGAAGAGCAAAGACAAGUCCUAAUCAGACAGGUCCAAUUAGCCAAAAGACUAAAUUUGCCUUUAAAUGUGCAUUCACGCUCUGCUGGAAGACCUACUAUCAACCUCUUACGUGAGCAAGGGGCUGACAAGGUACUGCUGCAUGCAUUUGAUGGCCGGCCAUCUGUAGCAAUGGAAGGAGUAAGAGAUGGGUACUUUUUCUCAAUUCCCCCUUCUAUCAUAAGAAGUAAACAGAAGCAGAAACUUGUGAGACAGUUGCCUUUAACUUCUAUAUGCUUGGAAACAGAUUCACCUGCACUAGGACCAGAAAAACAGGUACGGAAUGAGCCCUGGAACAUUUCCAUUUCAGCAGAAUAUAUUGCCCAGGUGAAAGGGAUCUCAGUGAAAGAAGUCAUAGAAGUGACAACGCAGAAUGCCUUAAAACUGUUUCCCAAGCUUCAACCCCUGCUCCAGAAAUAGCUUCAAAACCAUCAAUUGCAAACCAAAUCAACUGCAGAGGCCACCAUUUGAAAAAAAAGAAAUCUUCUGAUUAAGAACCUGAACUGAGAAAGCUAUUUUAUGGGGCUAUAGAAGACUGUAAUUUUAGAGCAAUAUUUUAGAGAAAAGAUCUUAGAUCUUGAAACCCUGGGUUCUGAUUCUAGCCUUGUAUUGCAUUUCAAUUAGCUGAGUCCUGGCAGGAAAUUGGGAAAAUACUGCUACUUCUUAAAUUGUGGCAUUACAUAGAACUACCAUCUGAACUGAAACCACUGCUUCUAGGAAGCAUUUCCCCACCACCACCACCCCAGGUAAGACAUAAGUACUGCUGUGAUGAGGAUAGGGUAGGCUAAAGUUUGAUCUUUCACUACCUGUUUUAUUUCCCAUAGGAUUUAACCAGCAAAUGGAGACUAUCUGGUUUCUUAUACUAUCAGAAAUAUUCUAUUGUCUAGGUUUGUAAAAUUAAACAUUUAGUACUUCUAAUUAUUUCUCUUUAAGGAAAAAAAUGCAUAUAAAGUUUUCAUACUGAUCUUAGUUUGUGACUUAUGAGGCUAGUGGUUUGAACAACCACUAUUAAAUACCAAGCCCAAAAGUUAUUCAUUUUAAGUUCUAGUCUGAUUUUUUUCAAAUAUUUAAAGUGUAAAUGUCUUUAUUAAAAACGUAUCUUGCCUGAGCUCACAGGUUCAAGACCAGCCUGAGCCAGAGCAAGACCUCAUCUCUGAAAAUAGCUGGGCAUAGUGGCAGGUACCUGUCAUUCCAGCUACUUGGGAGGCCGAGGCAAGAGAAUCACUUAAGCCCAAGAGUUUGAGGUUGCUGUGAGCUGUGAUGCCAUGGCACUCUAUCGAGGGCUAGAAAGCAACACUCUGUUGCCAAAGGGGAAAAAAAAAAGUCUCUGACUUUCUUGUGUGCAGUAUUUUUAAGUUUAAAGAUCUUAGGCACAGUGGCAGGCACCUGUUAGUUCCAGCUACUUGAGAGGCUGAGGCAAGAGGAUCACUUGAGCUCAAGAGUUCAAUCUAGGAGGUUGGGAAUGGUGGCUCACGCCUAUAAUCCUAGCACUCUGAGAGGCCGAGGCUGGUGGAUUGCCUUAGGUCACAGGUUUGAGACCAGCCUGAGCCACAGCAAGACCCUCUCUCUAAAAAAAUUGCUGGGCGUUGUGGUGGGCAUCUGUAGUCCCAGCUACCUGGGAGGCUGAGGCAAGAGAAUUGCUUAUGCCCAAGAGCAAGCAUCCUCAAACUUUUUUUUUUUGUUUUGUUUUUUGGCAUCCUCAAACUUUUUAAACAGGGGCCAAUUCACUGUCUCUCAGACUAUUGGAGGGCCGGACUAUAGUUUAAAAAAAAAAAACUAUGACCAAAUUCCCAUGCACACUACACAUAACUUAUUUUGAAGUAAAAAAACAAAACGGGAACAAAUACAAUCACACCGCUUCAUGUGGCUCGCGGGCCACAGUUUGAGGACCCCUGCCCAAGAGUUUGAGGUUGCUAUGAGCUAUAACAGCACAGCACUCUACCAAGGGUGACAAAGUGAGACUCUGUCUCCAAAAAAAAAAAAAAAAAGAGUUCAAGUCUAGGGUAGGCAACAUAGGUGAUAUGCAAGACCUCAUCUCUAAAGAAAUAAAUAGGCUGGGUACAGUGGCUCAUACCUGUAAUCCUAGCACUUUGGAAAGUGAAAGCAGGAGGAUCACUUGAGGCCAGGAUUUGGAGACCAGCCUGAGCAACAUAGCAAGACCCCUUCUCUUCAAAAAAUACAAAAAUUAGCUAGGCAUGAUGGCGUAUCCCUGUAAUCCAACCUGGUCAGGAGACUGAGGCAGAAGAACUGUUUCAACCCUGGAGUUUGAGGUUGUAGUGAGCUAUGUUGACACCACUGCACUCUAGCUCAGGUAACAGAGAGAGAUACUGUCUCAAAAAUAAAUGAAUAAAAACAUAAAUAAAAUCUUAGAUGUAUAAAAAUUAAUGAAUCGUAUGGAAAGAUGGUGGUAAACAGAACAGUGUAAAUGUUUUUUUUUUUUUUUUUUUUAAUUUCAGUUUGCUUGUUCAUUCUUCUUUGUUUGAAGUACUCCUUUUUUGUUGAUUUUCUUCUUCCUUUGGUGGUGCUGGCUGUUUUGAUGUUAGUAGAGACGGGGUCUAACUCUGGCUAACUGCUGCUCAUACUGGUCUUGAAGCUCUGAGCUCAGACAGUCCACCACUUCGGCCUCCCACAGCGCUGGGACUACAGUCGUGAGCCACCACGCCCGGCCAGUGUAAAUGUUCUUAAUGCCACUAAACUAUACAUUUAAUAAAGUUGAUAAAUUUUAUUAUGUUCACUUUUCCACAAUUAAAAAAAAAUGUGUAGUUUUGCAGGAAUUAUAAUCACACCAAAACCUGCAGGAAUUAUAAUCACACCAAAACCUUAAUUUUGUUAUAUGAGCACCAAGUCCUGGAAAAAGUAUCCAUCAUAGAAAACAUCAACUUCCCAAAUCAAAAUUAUUUUAUGUAAUAGAUUUUCAGUAAAUAUUUUGAAAUGAGUUCACUUAUAGAGGAAUCCAAACUAGUGCUAGGGCAGAUUAUUCAAUCCAGAGUAGCUACAAAACAUAAUUGGGUACUUUAUGAGGUAUUUACCCAUCAGUAUCAUUAUAAACAAAAUUCAAAAUUUAAUGGGUAGUUGUAUUAAAACUAGACUUAUGAGCCCUCUUCAAUUUAAGGUUCUACUUAAAUUAUAAUGCUUUACCUUGCCUGAUCACCCCAUCCAGACAUGACCCUGCCCUCUAGAUUGUUUAGCCAUCUUCUUCAUUUGCUCACCCUUGUGUUUGUUUCAGUUAUCCCAUAAACAGUUACUGAGUUGUCCACUAGUCUGGUUCAUAGGUUACAAAAAGGAAUUAAGAUAUGGGCUUUGCCAUCAGUUCAGAAUUUAAUAAAGGAGUUAAUCAAGUGGACAAGUAAUUUCAAAGCAAUGUGAAAAGUGCUAUGGCAAUGAAGAACAAACCAGUAUAAGCCCAUCUGAAGAUAUCAGAUAUUCCUUUGUUUUUCAGUUUUUGGCUAGGGCCAGGUUUGAACUUGCCACCUCUGAUAUAUGGGGCCAGUGCCCUACUCCUUGAGCCACAGGCAUCACCCAUCAGAUAUUCCUUUUUACUAUAGCUACCUUGUGAAUGGUUUUUAACCUUUAGAGAUUGUAAGCCUUUUUUUUUUUGAGACAGAGUCUCACUAUGCCACCCUGAUUAUAGUGCCAGGGCGUCAUAGCUCAUAGCAACCUCAAACUUCUUAGCUCAAGCAAUCCUCACCAACCUUGCCUCACCAACCUGAGUAGCUGGAUCUGAGUAACAAUAGAAAGGGUUGGGGCGACGCUUGUGGCUCAAGGAGUAGGGCACAGGUCCCAUAUGCCGGAGGUGGCGGGUUCAAACCCAGCCCCGGCCAAAAACCACAAAAAAAAAAACAAAACAAUAGAAAGGGUUUCCAGAGGCUGUUCUGUUUGUUAGAGCUUAGCUUUUCAAGCAUAAGAAAAUUUCACUGUCCUUUUUCUUUUAUUUUAUUAUUUUUAUAUUUUAUUUAUUUAUUUUGAGACAGAGUCUUACUAUGUCACCCUCAGUAGAGUGCCAUGGUGUCACACUCACAACAACCUCAAACUCUUGAGCUUAAGUGAUUCUCUUGCCUCAGCCUCCCAAGUAGCUGGGACUUCAGGCACCUGCCACAACGCCUGGCUAUUUUUUUGUUGUUGUUGUUGCAGUUGUCGUUGUUUAGCUGGCCCGGGCUGGGUUUAAACCUACCAGGUGCCAUAACCACUGUGCUUUUUAAAUUAAAACAAUGUCUAUGCUAAUGUGUACAAAGUCAUUCAAAAAGAUAAAAUGGAGAAAGAUGAAAAUUUAGGGAUUACCAGUGCUACAAGUUUAAAUGGGGGACUCUAAGCAAAAACAUGCUAGUAGGCCCUCCCCAAAGUACUGAAAAUCAAGAACUCUGAAUGGAGGGACCAGCUUCUGAGUGGAUAAGUAGUGCCUGAGGAAAGUGAUAAGAGGGAGAACAGGGGAUAGGAAGUACCUGAGGGAAGCCAUAGGAGGGAGACGGGGUCUUGAGGUUCAUACGGACAGACAUUCAACAGUCUUUUUUUUCUUUUGCCCAUCUCACAUAUGAACUCCCUUCUUUGGGGACUCCCUCAGCUUACUAACAGAACCUGCUUCUCACUAUAAAAGUUAAGACUGCCAGGCAAUCACUUUCCAGCCUGUCUGGUAGCCAAGGCCCUCAUUGAGAACCAAGAACUGAGCCUACGCCAUGCUGACAAGGGUAGGCAGUGUGGCAGGCACGUUGGUGGCAGCAUUCCGCGUCCAGCUCAGAGGCUGCAGCUCCAGGGCCUGUGACAGUGGCGUCUUUACCGUUCUGGUUUAGUGGCCUGUGUUUGUUUUAGAUAUCCCAGAGAUUUUUAUGGCGUAUCCAAUAUCCUUCAAUAAAUUCCUUUCUGGCUGGGCGUGGUGGCUCACGCCUGUAAUCCUAGCACUUUGGGAAGCCAAGGCAGGAGAACUGCUUAAGCCUAGAAGUUCAAGACAAGCCUGAACAAGAAUGAGACUCCCAUCUCUACAAAAAAAUAAAACUUAGUUGGGCAUGUGGUGCAGGCCCAUAGCCCCAGCUACUAGGGAGGCUGAAGCAGGAGGAUCACUUGAGCACCCCAUCACUAAGUCCAAAAGUUACCUUCCUGUUUUACACUCCUAUAUCUCACUUGUAUUUUGAGACUUCUUUCUCUUUUGGCCACCUUGGAGUUCAUUUUGGGCCAAAUUUCCUGAUUUUUUUUUUAUUAUUAAAUCAUAGCUGUGUACAUUAAUGCAAUCAUGGGGCACCAUAGACUGGUAUUAUAGACCGUUUGACACAUUUUCAUCACACUGGUUAACAUAGCCUUCCUGGCAUUUUCUUAGUUAUUAUGUUAAGACAUUUAUAUUCUACAUUUACUAACUUUCACAUGUACCCUUGUAAGAUGCACUGCAGCUAUAAUCCCACUAAUCACCCUCCCUCCACCCAUCCUUCCCUUUCCCUCCACUCCCUCUCCCCCUUCCCCCUAUUCUUAGGUUAUAACUGGGUUAUAGCUUUCAUAUGAAAGCCAUAAAUUAGUUUCAUAGUAGGGCUGAGUAUAUUGGAUACUUUUUCUUCCAGUCUUGAGAUACUUUGCUAAGAAGAAUAUGUUUCAGCUCCAUCCAUGUAAACAUGAAAGAGGUAAAGUCUCCAUCUUUCUUUAAGGCUGCAUAAUAUUCCAUGGUGUACAUAUACCACAAUUUAUUAAUCCAUUCGUGGAUCGAUGGGCACUUGGGCUUUUUUCCAUGACUUAGCAAUUAUGAAUUGGGCUGCAAUAAACAUUCUGGUA